UAUCUUCAUUUCCACGUGGUAAAUUCUUUGUAGAUUGCCACAAAAUGGCGUCUCUGGUUUUAGACCAGUAUCUAAGAUGUCCAGUGUGUAUGGACUUCUUCGCUGAUCCCCACAGACUUCCGUGUAGUCACUGUUUCUGUAAGCGAUGUUUGGAGGGGGUCCGCCAGCACUGCCUCUCCUUCAACUGCCCCGAGUGUCGUCAGCUGGUCAUGCUGGACUAUAGAGGAGUGGACGGUCUAGAAAAGGACAGGAGGCUUGCCGCCAUGGUUGAUGAGUUUGCUCAUCAGCAACAACAGUCACGUGUCUGCAAAGAACACAAGCGAACCGUGGAAGGAUACUGUGAAACAUGCGCAGUGCUGAUGUGUGGAAGAUGCUUUUUCAGUGAUCAACAUUCGGGUCAUAACAUGGGAGAUGUUGACGUCGUGGCUAAAAGGAAAAGGGAUGAAAUUUCGUCAGAUCUGGCAUUUGUUAAAGGAAAGGUCAACUCUAUUUUGAGCGACAGUGACGUCACAGUUCAGAGUCAAUUAUGUGCCCUUCAAGAACAAAUAACAUCAGAAUUUGAACAAAUACGGGAACUUUUACGACAAAAAGAAGACGGGUUACAGCUGGAGGCCAUUAAACUCGCCGAAAAAGCCUGUCAUGGCAACGAUAAAAUAGCCAAAGCUCAGGAACUGAAGUUAAAAAUAAACGCUCUCGAGGACUCUAUAACGGACGACGGAGUGUCCUUUUUACAGAACGUGGCAGAACUCAAAGAGAGAGUUCGCAUUGAGAAGAAGUUGGUAACAUCUUUAGACUCGGACUACCAUGACACACGAGUGUCCUUGCCAACUCUCAAACAUGGCGACACCGAAUUGUUCCUCAUGUCCUUCAGACUGGCUCCAGCGCCAGACCCACGCCUGCGCACCCGGAAGUCCAGCGAGGGGAGUGAAGAACUGUCCUACAGACUCGCCACUCAACACGUAGAGAAUGGCAAGCACUCUGCGAAGCUUUCAUUUCACACAAAUCUAAUACUGGAGAAGGAGUUGUCUCCAAGUCCAGCUGUUCAUGCUGCAACGUUCCUGUCAUCAGGAUAUAUUGUGCUGUUAGAUCUUAAUUCAACACUUCUCCUGUAUGACGAGAGUUAUGCUCUCCUUCAUGAACUGAAACUGGAAGACAAGGCGUUUGACGUGACUGCAUUAUCCGAUCAUAUGCUUGCAGUAACAAUAGGUGCGGCUAAGAGGGUGGAAUUAAUCGAUGUAAAUGAGGAAACUUUGCAGCCAAAAGGAAAGAUCGAACUAGAUACGGAAUGCUUUCAUGUCUCCUCUAUUGAUGACAAAAUUGUUACCGGAAACGGAAGUUUAGUCAGUUUCUUUAACGUUAAGGGAGCUCGAUUGAAAACAAUCAUCAUGUCUGGAAUGAUACAGUCACUGUAUAUUUCCAAAUCUCAUCGGAAAAUGUACCUCAAUAUCCGGUCUGAAUAUGUACUCUGUACAGAUAUGCGUGGAAACCGGGAAUAUAAGUACAAACACGACGACUUACAGGAAAUAGGGGGUGUGUCUGCGGACAAUAGAUCCCUAGCAUACGCAUGUGGUUCUAAAUCCAACAAUGUUCAUCAGAUAGGUCCAGAUGGACGCUUGGUGCGGAUUAUACUCUCCAAGGAAAAGGGACUGACGAAACCUAUUACAGUUGGUUUUGACAGUACGUGCUCAAAAAUGUUCCUCAUCGAGAAAGAUGAUACAUUGAAAGAGGCGGUGAAAGUUUAUAGCAUGAAUUACUAAAAACCUUUAGUAUUUAUUUCAAAGGGAAUUUCUUGUUAGAGAAACAAAU